UUUCAAUGUUUUGACCAGGAAACAGCCAUCUGAUGCAGGCGUCUGGCUUUCUUUAUGUACAUAUAUAUGCAUAUACACAAAAACUACUUCAUGGCUCUUCCUCAAAGCAUCGUGAGCCAGCUGUGAGCCUAACCCUCUGAAAACACCCACCUGAAUUCUCUGCACUCAACAGAGCAGCCCAGGAUAAACCUUCCAGUAAAUCCUAUGUGACUGAAGCUAUAGGAGCCUGACUUUACCUCUUCUCACCACCCGAAAGAGAUGGAUCUUGGAGAGAUUGUUGUGGCUGAACAUCCUGCUGGGAGGCAGCUGUACAUGGAGCAGAAGCCAACAGCCCAGGACCUGCUGGGGAGCAGCGGAAAUCGGAUCCACCGAAUUUUCAAGUAUCUCACAGGAGAAAUGGAAGAAUACGGAGAGUGGAUGAAAAAUAAGCCUUUAAUGGUCCAGCUGGUAGACUGGAUCUUGCGAGGGACCUCUCAGGUGAUGUUUGUGAACAACCCUCUCAGCGGGCUGAUCAUUUUAGUAGGGCUUUUCAUCCAGAGCCCCUGGUGGAUGCUCUCAGGCUGUAUUGGAAUGAUCGUGUCAACAUUAACUGCACUGGCCCUCACUCAGGACAGAUCAGCCAUUUCAGCUGGGCUUCAUGGCUAUAACGGGAUCUUGGUGGGACUGCUCAUGGCUGUCUACUCUGACAAAGGGGAUUACUACUGGUGGCUUCUUCCUCCUGUGGCAAUUAUAUCAAUGGCUUGUCCAAUCCUGUCAAGUGCUUUGGGAUCCAUCUUCAGUAAAUGGGACCUUCCUGUUUUCACUCUGCCCUUCAAUAUUGCUGUGACUUUGUACUUGGCAGCCACAGGACACUACAACCCCUUCUUCCCUACAGCUCUUAUCAAGCCUGUAGCAUCGGUGCCUAAUAUCACCUGGUCUGCAAUCAAUGUGCCACUGCUUUUGCAGUCCAUUCCAGUCGGCGUUGGCCAAGUAUAUGGUUGUGAGAAUCCCUGGACUGGAGGCAUCAUCCUUGUUGCUUUACUUAUCUCGUCCCCACUUAUCUGUUUACAUGCUGCAAUUGGAUCAACAGUGGGGAUGUUUGCAGCACUGAGCAUUGCAACACCGUUUGACACUAUCUACCUUGGUUUACACAACUACAACUGUGCACUCUCGUGCAUUGCAAUUGGGGGCAUGUUCUACGCCCUGACCUGGCAGACUCAUUUGCUGUCACUUGCCUGUGCAUUGUUUUGUGCCUACUCCGGAGCAGCCCUUGCCAAUGCCUUAUCUGUGCUUGGGCUGCCACUCUGCACCUGGCCUUUUUGCUUCUCCGCACUUCUCUUUCUGCUGAUAAAUUCAGACAACCCAGCCAUCUACAAAAUCCCCCUCUGCAAAGUCACCUACCCAGAAGCCAACCGGAUCUACUACCUGAGGAUGAAGAGAAGAGCCUCAGAGAUCAGGAGAGAAGAGCAGAAACAGAAGGAUCAGAAGACCUCCGGUGACUCAAAAAUAAACACGGGAGGCACUCCCCUAUGCACACCAAAAAACCGCCACGCUUACUGAUUUCAAAUAUCCACAAAUGUACACUUUUGGGGUGUUUUUUCAGAUGCUAUCCAAGAACACCACAGCCACGACCACCAUCUUUGGCAGCUGUCUCCAGGUGGGAAUUCAGUAUCCCAUUCUGCAGAGGAAAUAUGAUUUGCCCUUGAACUAAGCUUUCCAAGAAACACCCAAGUAACAUAAUAAUGGCUGCCUUAUCAAACCAUGUGCUGUUAACUUGAAAGUCACCUCUUAUCAAUAAUAAUUAUAAGAAUGGGCAAAAGAACAUUAAAGUUGGCAAAAGGCUGUAUUAAAUUUCAGGCAUGUAAUUUGACAAAAUAAAUAUGCUGAGAAGGCAUUGCUAUCUAAUAAUAAUAAAUAAUGUAAGAACUACAACAAGAGCUGCACUUCAUAUUAAAAAUGUGUAUAAUUUAAAGUGGAGUAAACAGUCUGAUCUCUCCCUUUCUUGAGUCUCAUCAAUGUCUAACCCUCUUAAUCGCUCUUAGCAGCUACAACAUUUACCAGUAAAUAUUCUUACUGGUUUUGGUGCUAUCUCGUGACUCCUCAUUAAGUGACAAGAGAAAGAAUGUAUGAAUAUAUGUGCUUUAAUCAGACUGGAAAAGUGACUGGCUAGCAAUAAUCAAACAUUUUUAUUUUCCUUGCGUAAUUUUCUGUCUAACAAAUAGAAGAUAUCUCUUCUGCUGACAGCAGGAUAGCACUUCUGAAUCCCUACACACAACAAGUGGGAAAUAGGAAAACUUCACGUAAAGAAUGAGUUAAACCUUUACUGCUGGUGACAGUUGCUGCUGUUCUUACUCUCCCCUUCCU